AUGUGUAAUUUUCUUGUCAAUAGUCCAUCUAAAACUGUAUUCUUAAGUUCAGUAGAAACAACUAAUAUUUCAAAAAUUGCUGAUAAGAUAUUUGAAAUGUUGGAUGAUGUUGAAAAGGUAGGGGAGGAAAAUGUUGUGCAGAUUAUUUCAGAUAAUGCUGCUAAUUAUAAAGCAGUUGGGAAAUUAUUAAUGGAGAAAAGGAAAAAUUUGUUUUGGACUCCUUGUGCUGCCCACUGCUUGGAUUUGAUGCUAGAGGAUUUUAACAAGCAUGAUCCAAUGCAAAAGGAAACAAUAGCAAGGGCUAAAUUAGUGGUCUCCUAUAUUUACUCUUGGGGUACAGUUGUUAAUUGGAUGAAAGAGUUCACAAAAGGCAGCUCACAUUCUAAGAAGAAAAAAGGACAAGAAAUCUGCAACAUCAUUUUUGACACUCAAAAUUUUUGGCCAAAUGUUAAACUGUGCUUAAAGAUCGUAUCACCACUUAUAAAAGUUUUGAGAAUGGUUGAUUUUGAUGAUAAGCAUGCUAUGGGUUUUCUCUACAAAGCAAUAGAACAUGUAAAGGAGGAGAUUAAGACAAAUUUAAGGAGUUCUAAAAAGAGAUAUGAGCCCGUCUAUACUAUUAUUGAUAAGAGAUGGAAAAACAUGCUUAGUCAAUCAUUACAUGCUACAGGCUAUUAUUGGAAUCCUCAAUAUCAUUAUAGUCAAACUUUUCUAAUAGAUGUGAAUGUAAAGCAUGGACUUUAUGAAUGUAUGACCAUAAUUGUUCCUAACGUUACUGAUCGAGAUACAAUUGACCAACAAUUGGACAGAUUCAGAAUGACAAAAGGAUUAUUUGGCAUUGAAAAUGCUAUUCAAUCAAGGAACACAAAAUCACCAGCUGAUUGGUGGCAUUCUUUUGAGGAUGAUUGUCCGGAGUUGCAAAGAUUUGCUAUUAGAGUUUUAAGUUUGACAUAUAGUUCUUCAGGAUGUGAAUAG